AUGACAGGCGUAUGCCUGGCCUUCCUUUUGGGCAUGUAUGCCAUGCCAUCCUUUUGUGUGUGGAGUGCAUGGUGUACGGAUGACGUGGAGAUGGUCAUCGCCAGCACGGCCCUGCCUACUUCGCCAUGGCGGGCAUUAUGGCGGACAGCGACGUAUGCCAUUCGGUACAUGGACCUGGCCUUCCCAGCGCUCGUUGUGUCCCUUGUACUUAGUGUACUCGCUUUUGGCAUGACGUACCUGGCUAUUCAGUAUGCCCAAUCGGCCUUUGUCGUUGGUGGUCUGGGCGGCGUGGACUUACUCAAACGCGAUCUUCUUCCACACGGGCAGAAGCCGCCGGUGAUUCCAGAGUCGUUGGGCCUGGUGUGUGCGGUGAUCUAUUUGCUCAUAUUGGUCGCAUUUAUUCCUUUCCGGUACUUUGGUGCGAACAUGUAUGGCCUUCCAUCAAGCUUGGCGGGCGACGUCUACAGCUCGCCAGGUCUCCACCAGGACCUGGCCUCGUUCCUCUCUGCCCUCUUGUCUGUGUACUCCGGCGCCUUUUUGGGGUUUGUCGACGAUGUCCUGGACAUUCGGUGGCGGUACAAACUGCCGAUCCCCCUGUUGAGCAGCAUUCCUAUGCUGGCCGUGUACAUGGCCGGCGGUGGGACUACCGGCGUCGUGAUUCCUGCUUGGCCGCCGAUUCUUCGCGACGUACUAGGCUGCUCGACCAUGGAACUCGGUGCUCUGUAUUAUGUGUUCAUGAUGAUGCUAGCGACGUUUUGUACCAACUGCAUCAACAUCCUCGCGGGGAUCAAUGGUGUGGAGGUCGGGCAGGCGACGGUGAUUGCCCUGAGCAUUUGUGUCAACGAUUUGCUGUACCUAGACAUCCCGGCCGUCGUACGGGCGGCGCUGAUCAACAAGACGCCCAUUCCAUAUCCUGUGGAUAUCUUGCGUGGCUACCAUGGCAGCCAAGACUUGGUGAUUCGUCACUUGUUUAGUCUGCAUCUCCUUCUGCCCUUUAUCGGCACCAGUCUUGCGCUGCUGGCUUGGAAUCGAUACCCAGCUCGGGUCUUUGUCGGUGAUACGUACUGCUAUUUUGCCGGCAUGGUUCUCGUGUCUUGUGGCGUGUUAGGCCACUAUUCCAAGACUCUUCUUCUCUUCUUCCUCCCCCAGAUCUUCAAUUUCCUUUUGAGCUGUCCACAGCUCUUUGGCCUCGUCCCAUGUCCUCGCCAUCGGGUACCCUUUGUCGAUGUGCCAUCUGGUCGCCUGUACCCAUCCAGCGUGCGUUUGCAUGCGUCCACACCACGUGUGACACAUGCCCUCCUUGCUCUGCUAGAGUCGUGCCGGUGUGUUCGCCGCCUGCGCAAUGAGACGGGCCAGGUGGUCGGCGUCACGAACAUGACGCUUUUGAACGCUGUGUUGGUAAUGGCAGGAGCACGCGCUGAGACGGUAUCGCGAGCCGAUCUGUCAGCGUCCCUCGCUGUGGCCGACCCAGCGCUAAAACCAAGGGCCGCUCGCUCGACUUUAUACCUCACUGAACGUGGAUUGUGGUACUGUACCAUGCUUGUCCAAGUUAUUGGCUCGGUCAUUGCGUUCGCUAUACGCUACCGCCUAUCCUCUGUACUCUUCCCAUCUACGUAG